UCAGUACCGACAACACAACAACAUGGCCAAGUGGAGUAUUGUUGCCCUCGCUCUUAUCGGCUGCGCAGUCGCCGAGCCCCCAGUGGGUUACAGCUACUCCGCCCCGUCCCCGGUCAUCUACGUGUCCGGAGGAGGCCACAGCUCGGGAGGUUACAGCGGCGGCCUUAGCAGCGGAGGCCAUUAUUCCUCCGUCCCCGUUGGCCACCAGACCUCUGAGGGCUACCAUGUCGACCCCCAUCUCCUCGAGAAGAUCAAGCACAUCAUCCUGAAGGACGAGAUCCAGAACCAGGCUUACCAAUCCGCCUCCUCCUCUCAUGGUCACGGUCACGGUGUGUCUUCCCACUACGGUCCCCCUGCCCCUGUGUACGGCGUGCCCCACGACAGAAUCGUCGGCAUUGAGCUCGACCAUCUCCAGCAGGGCAUCCAAGUCGCUCAAUACCACCAGGCUGAGGAAGGUUACGCCGGCGGAUACGCUGGUGGUUACUCUUCUGGAUACUCCAGCGGUGGCUCCGGAUACUCCAGCGGUGGACACGGUUACUCCAGCGGUGGUUCCGGAUACUCCAGCGGUGGACACGGUGCGUCCAUCUCCUACUCCGCCCCCGCGAUCUCCUACACCACUAUCGGAGUCCCCUCAGGAUCAUACGGCGUCCCGUCCCCCUCGUCCUCAUACGGUGCUCCCCAUCAUUAAACGACAACAAAAAAGUCAUAGUCAUCCAUCUCAUUAAUGUUAUGAAACUCAUGUGAUCGCAUCCUAGCCGUAAUAUGUAUUAUAUUGUUGGUAUUGUAAGUUUCUGUAAAUAAAAUACUUUUUUUU